GGAAUGCAUUGGUGGAACGAAAGCCUAUACCUUUUUCAAAUACAUAAAUUAAGUCUUGUAUUUUUUUGUUGGAAAAUUUUAUCAAUGAGUGAAAAUUUAGAGUCAAUCCCAUAUCUUCGUCGUAGCGUACAAGAGGCAUGUUCAAAUGAAGGAAGUGAGCACGCUCCUAAUGUAGAAAAAAUAUUACCUGACGCUACCCCUAUGGAGGAUAAAAUGUGUCGUAUAUGCUUUGCCGGUCCUGAAGAAGAAGAAAGUCUCGGUCGUCUUAUUUCUCCGUGUUUAUGUAAAGGGACUAUGAGGUACGUCCACGUGGAAUGUUUAAAUCAUUGGCGGCUACGAAGUCAGAAGAAGUCGAGUUUUUUUCAAUGUGACGAAUGUAAAUAUAAAUAUGCUUUUCGAAGAACAACAAUUGCAAAAUUCGCUACUAAUGAAUUUAUUCUUACAUUUGUCACUUUAACAUUGUUCGCUUUUUGUGUAUUUAUUGGUGGUUUUCUUGCAAAAUUUCUUCUUUACCUUUACCCUGUUGCCGAUUUUGGCGAGGAUUACAUUGCUGAUGAAUUCAGAUAUGCUCCAUUAUUUCGUGAACCUAUGGAAUUCUCAAAAAUAUUCAGAAUUGACUAC